AUGCUCCCCCUCGUCCCCCGUGCCGGUUCUUCAUCCAGCGUCACCUCGACCGCAGUGAACCCCGACAUGGAUUUUGCGACGAAGGCGACUGCGAUCGCAGAGCACCUCCAGCCCUCCUUCAUCCUCCAGCACAUCGCUUGCGUGUACUCGCUCUACCACAACAUUGUCGCUCUCGGCCCAUCUGACGAGAGGAUCUGGGAGUACAUCGACAUGUGCUGGGAGAACUUCAGUGUCACCAUUGCGAGGGCGAACGGGCGGGAGAUCGAGAUCGAGUUUGGAUACGAGGAAUGA